AUGACGAUUUACGUGCAUGAAUUACUUGAUGAAGCCCGGUAUAUAUUUCCUUUGCACGAAGAAAGGGAAAUUGCACUAGCAAGGUUGCAACAUUGUGAUGCUGGUUUUAUCUGUCUUGAUUUCCGAAACAACCCUUUAAGAAUAUUUGCAGCACAUGAAUUAGCUGCUAUAAUUGACCCUGCAAUGACCACCAAAAUGACAGUCCAGUUUAAUCUUUUUGGAGGAACUGUCUUAAAACUUGGCACAGAAAGACACCAUGAAAAACUCCUAGCUGGUAUUGACAAUUUGCAAGACAUUGGGUGCUUUGGUCUGACAGAAUUGGGAUAUGGCAACAAUGCUGUUGAAAUGGAGACUAUAGCCAUAUAUGACAAGGAAACAGAUGAAUUCAUUGUCAACACCCACACACUGGCACAGAAAUAUGGUAUCACCAAUGGAGCAGUCCAUGCCAAGCAUGUUGUGGUAUUUGCACAGAUGUUUGUUGAAGAUGUAAAUCAUGGCAUUCACGGAAUUCUAGUUCGUAUUCGUGACAAUGAUUUGAAUGUAAUGCCCAAUGUUCGUGUUGAAGACAUGGGUUAUAAGAUGGGAUUGAAUGGUGUUGACAAUGCAAAACUAGUGUUUGAUAAUGUCCGCGUUCCUCGUGAAAAUCUCCUCAAUAGGUUCAGUGAUGUUACUGCCGAGGGAAAGUUUGUGUCACAGAUUAAAAGUUCUCGAGCUAGAUUCCUCACUGUAGCUGAUCAGUUAUUGUCAGGCCGUAUCUGCAUUGCUAGUAUGUCUAUGGGUGGGGCCAAAGCAUCUCUUGCUGUUGCUCUUCGAUACUCUGCUUCACGGCUUACUGUUGGUCCCAGAGGAAAAUCUGACAUGUCUAUCCUUCAAUACCAGUUGCAGCAGCGAGCACUUAUGCCACUUUUGGCCAGAACAUACGCUAUCAACUUUGGUUUAGAUUAUGUAAAACGUCGUUGGGCAUUCCAAAAACCAGAUGGAUCUGAGCACCCAGAGGUAGUGACAAUGUGUUGUGUAAUCAAACCUCUUGCAUCAUGGAACUUGGAAGAAGUGGUAUCUGUCUGCAGAGAACGAUGUGGGGGUCAAGGAUACCUAUCAUGUAACAGAUUUGGUACAUUCUUGGGCUUAGCACAUGCUGCUAUGACAGCUGAGGGAGACAACAGUGUUUUAAUGCAGAAGGUUGCCAAGGAAAGACUAGCGGCCUUUAAACCCCUUAAUGUCAAUGCUGACCUUCCUGCCAACCCAUCCAACAUUGAGUAUUUGCAUGAUCUUAUGAACAGAAGGGAAAACCUUCUUUUUAAAAUGCUUGGCAAAAAGUUGAUGGCAGCAGGAAAGGAAGGCUUAUUUGAUACUUGGAUGAUGCAAGAAUCAGAUCUUGUGCAAGGGUCUGCUAAAGCCUUUGGUGAAAGACUCAUUUCAGACCAGUUUGGAUUAGUGAUUGAGAAGUGUGAACCAAGUUUGCGCCCAGUUUUGACCCUCAUGCACCAUCUUUUCUUGGUUGAUAUUGUAGAGAAGAAUAUGGCAGACUUCAUUGCACUUGGCCUGAUCUCCCAAGAAACUGCUGCUCAGGUUACAGAAAUUUCUCGCAAGUUAUGCCGAGCCCUGGCACCAGAUGCUCUUGCCCUUUGCGAUGCCUUUGCCAUAUCAGAUGCAAUGCUGUCAGCACCAAUAGCUCUAGAUUGGGUGAAAUAUAAUGUUGGUGAUAAUCAGGGAGAACUUGAAGGAUUUUAGUUUCAUAUUUUUCAUUCUAAUACUAUACCACUGCCUGAAUUCCACUUAACUGAAUUCUACUUAAAACUUCAAAAAGUUAAUGCUUCACAACUACACUUUUAGUGCUGUCUCAUUAAGUACAAAGAACAACUUUUGUAAUCAUUAAAACUUUAUUAGACCAGAAUUUAUGAAAUGUACAGGAGUUUGAUUAACUUGUCUCUUGCCUUUGGUGCCAUUAGUAAUGGAUGUAAUUAAUCCAAUUACUUGGUAAUGUAGAAAUUCAUUCAGACUUCAUACUUCCUGGAUAUUACCCAGUUUUAAUCAACAUAUACAAUGCAAUUAGGUGUAAGGUUUUAUAGCCCAUGAUGUAUUAUAUAAAAAAUAGAGACAUAUAAUUUUAUAUUCUAA